GUGAGCCUCCACAGCAGCAUGGCAAGAUCCUGGUAGCAUGGCCCGUUAUGAGCUCUUAUACUCGUUUUGGCCCGCCCCAAGCGGCUAGGGUCUCUACACUGCUACGAUCAAAUCAACAUCGACUUCGACCACUUUCGUCUCAACUCUCACCUUUGAUCUCACAGCCAAGGAGGCUCACCCCACAACCAAUCAUCUCACAACGGCGCCCCUUCCAUUCUGAACUCGUCAACACAGCUGUUGGCGCAACCCAAACAGCUCUCCUCUCUUUCCACUCCGUGGUUGGGCCGUGGUCUCUAACUAUUCCCCUCAUUGCCCUCACCGUCAACAUACUCUUCCGCCUUCCAUGGACCGCCUACACGCAAAUCAUUGUUCGCCGGCGCGAGCGUGUCAGCCCAGUCCUACAAGCAUGGAAUGUGCGUAUUCGGGCAGAUCUGAGCAAGAGGCGGAUCCCUCCUGGCCGGGUGGUGAUUGAACAUAAAGACAGACACGCCAAAGUGACUAAGAGAAUCUACAAGGAAUUAGGAUUGCAAAAUUGGCGCCUGUACUUGACGAUGCUUAACAUCCCGUUCUUCGUUCUCGGUCUGGAUGGCAUGAGACGGCUGUGUGGUGGACCGACAGGCUUGCUGGGGAAACUAUUCACGGGUGGUGUGGAUGUUUCCAAGACGACGACGACGACGAAUGACGCGGCAUCGGCCGCUAAAAUAACCACAGAGGCCACCAAAGCCGGCGAGGACUCGGCAGCGACUUUGGUAGAUUCAACAGCUGAAACGGCAACAGAGGUUGUCAGUGGGGCCACCAACUCCGGCAUUGAGCCCAGCCUCAUGACCGAAGGCAUGCUUUGGUUCCCUGACUUAACAGCCGCAGACCCCUACGCCAUCGUUCCAAUGGCGCUGUCUGCCAUGCUUGUAUUAAACAUGCUGCCCAAGACCAAGGAAAGGAGGGACAUACUGUUCUCGCUCCCCGCUUCUCCUCCACCGGGCCUCGACGGCAUUGCGGCCCCUGGGAUCACCCAAAAAGACGAAAAGCCGAGUUGGCGACGAGCAAUACCCCGGGGUUUGAUAAUUCUGGCAGGACUCAUUGGGCCUUUAACAAUGAACAUGCCGGUGGCACUGCAUUUAUACUGGCUCUCCAGUUCGGCUGUUAACUUUGGGCUGGGGAAGUUGUUGAAUUGGUACCUGCCUAUUGGAAAGGGGGCGGUCCGGAGAUGUGCGGGAACUGAGGGAUUUUUCAUUCUACCGAAACGAAGCAAAAAGACUGAAGGAAGAGAGUGCACCUAGGUCGGACUUGUAGAGGAUACUGGAGACUGUGUUCAUAAGUUAGUUGUAUAUGUAAAAUAGCGGUAUCAUGUGUCAGCAGUAGAGCCAUACCAGCUUGGUGUCUGUUGAAUCAAUUGGAGUGAUAGAGAUAACAGCGCUUUACCGGGUGGGAAGGUACAGUUACUAGCAUUGGUGACUUUCAUGGCAAUCACCCAGGUUCCCGAGUUACUCUCAAGACUGAGGAUGAAUUGCACAAAUUAGCCACGACCGGCAGCAAGCCUUUCAGACAAA